ACCAUGCCGAACAUUAUGGUCUUCAGCGGCUCCUCACACCAGGACCUGUCCCAACGCGUGGCCGACCGGCUGGGCCUGGAGCUGGGCAAGGUGGUCACUAAGAAGUUCAGCAACCUGGAGACCAGCGUUGAGAUUGGCGAGAGCGUGAGAGGGGAGGAUGUCUACAUCAUUCAGAGCGGCUGUGGGGAGAUCAACGACAACCUGAUGGAGCUCCUCAUCAUGAUCAAUGCGUGCAAAAUCGCCUCCUCCUCCAGGGUGACAGCCGUGAUCCCAUGCUUCCCGUAUGCCCGCCAGGAUAAAAAGGACAAGAGUCGUGCUCCAAUUUCUGCCAAGCUUGUGGCCAACAUGCUCUCCGUGGCCGGGGCUGAUCAUAUCAUCACCAUGGAUCUACAUGCUUCCCAGAUUCAGGGUUUCUUUGACAUCCCUGUGGACAACCUGUACGCGGAGCCCGCGGUCCUGCAGUGGAUCCAGGAGAACAUCACAGAGUGGAAGAACUGCAUCAUCGUGUCUCCUGAUGCAGGCGGCGCCAAACGGGUGACAUCCAUUGCGGACAGACUGAACGUGGAGUUUGCACUGAUUCACAAGGAGAGGAAGAGGGCGAAUGAGGUGGACCGGAUGGUUCUGGUGGGGGAUGUGAAGGACCGCGUGGCCAUCCUGGUAGAUGACAUGGCUGACACCUGUGGCACCAUCUGCCACGCUGCAGAUAAGCUACUCUCUGCAGGAGCCACCAAGGUCUAUGCUAUCCUGACCCAUGGGAUCUUCUCUGGACCAGCCAUCUCCAGAAUUAAUAAUGCUGCAUUUGAGGCUGUGGUUGUCACCAACACCAUUCCGCAAGAGGACAAGAUGAAGCAUUGCCCCAAGAUUCAGGUGCUCGAUAUUUCCAUGAUCCUGGCGGAGGCCAUCCGGAGAACCCACAAUGGUGAAUCUGUGUCUUACCUGUUCAGCCAUGUUCCCUUAUAA